AUGUCCCUUGCGUCUAAAUACGAUUUUAAUUUAACCGAAAAAAAAAACCCAAAAACGAAUUAUUGGAAACAAGUAGCCACCAACACCACCACUAAUUUUGCUAGCACUUUGCUGCUUCCGCCCCCAAACAUUACUGGUAAUUUGCAUUUAGGACACGCAUUUGAGUUGGCUAUUCAAGAUUUUUUG